AGUGCAGCAUUGAUGGCCAGUUAAAGGAAAACAAAUCUGCAGCCUAAUGUCUCCGUUACCUAACGUGUGACUGUAACUUAAAUAGUCUCCAACACAAAAUACACAACUGACCCUGAAAGAUCUAAAUUUAGUAAAUAUAGAUUUCAUAUUGUUUUGAGUAAUUCAACUUCACUAUGCGGGAGUGCAUCUCCAUCCACGUGGGUCAGGCCGGCGUCCAGAUCGGCAAUGCAUGCUGGGAGCUGUACUGCCUGGAGCACGGCAUCCAGCCGGACGGGCAGAUGCCCAGCGAUAAGACUGUCGGAGGAGGGGACGACUCUUUCAACACCUUCUUCUGUGAGACGGGGGCAGGCAAGCACGUCCCCCGGGCUGUGUUCGUGGAUCUGGAGCCCACCGUCAUCGAUGAGGUGCGCUCUGGGACAUACCGGCAGCUCUUCCACCCUGACCAGCUCAUCACCGGCAAGGAAGAUGCCGCCAACAACUACGCCCGCGGCCACUACACCAUCGGCAAGGAGGUCAUCGACCUGGUGCUGGACCGCGUCCGCAAACUGGCGGACCAGUGCACAGGCCUGCAGGGCUUCCUGGUCUUCCACAGCUUCGGAGGGGGAACAGGCUCUGGCUUCACCUCCCUGCUGAUGGAGCGUCUGUCCGUGGACUACGGGAAGAAGUCCAAGCUGGAGUUCUCCAUCUACCCGGCGCCCCAGGUGUCCACAGCCGUGGUGGAGCCCUACAACUCCAUCCUGACCACCCACACCACCCUGGAGCACUCGGACUGCGCCUUUAUGGUCGACAACGAGGCCAUCUACGACCUCUGCUGCAGGAACCUGGACAUCGAGCGGCCGUCCUACAGCAACCUCAACCGGCUCGUGGCCCAGAUCGUCUCCUCCAUCACGGCCUCGCUGCGCUUCGACGGGGCGCUGAACGUGGACCUGACCGAGUUCCAGACCAACCUGGUGCCCUACCCCCGCAUCCACUUCCCCCUGGCCAGCUACGCCCCCGUCAUCUCCGCCGAGAAGGCCUACCACGAGCAGCUGACCGUGGCCGAGAUCACCAGCGCCUGCUUCGAGCCGGCCAAUCAGAUGGUGAAGUGCGACCCGCGUCACGGGAAGUACAUGGCGUGCUGCAUGCUGUACCGCGGCGACGUGGUGCCCAAAGACGUCAACGCCGCCAUCGGCACCAUCAAGACCAAGCGCACCAUCCAGUUUGUGGACUGGUGCCCCACCGGAUUCAAGGUGGGGAUAAACUACCAGCCCCCCACGGUGGUUCCCGGGGGCGACCUGGCGAAGGUGCAGCGGGCCGUGUGCAUGCUCAGUAACACCACGGCGGUGGCGGAGGCCUGGGCGCGGCUGGACCACAAGUUCGACCUGAUGUACGCCAAGCGCGCCUUCGUGCACUGGUACGUGGGCGAGGGCAUGGAGGAGGGCGAGUUCUCGGAGGCGCGGGAGGACGUGGCCGCCCUGGAGAAGGACUACGAGGAGGUGGGGGCCGACAGCAUGGAGGGGGACGAGGAGGGCGAGGAGUACUGA